AUGAAGUCUAUAAAAAUCCAGCUGAAGCCUGGGAAGUUCUAUUUGGGGCUUUUCCUACCUCCUCCGCCCAAGGCUGGUCCUACCACCGAAUGACAGCUCCAAGUGACAGCUCGUACCGUGAAGAUGCUCUGCUGGAAAGCCAUGGCAGCCCUUCUGCUCUGCUCACUGCUGCUCAGUCAGACACACUGUGCUUCCCUGCACCACCCACAGCCCCAGCUCACCAGACAGAGGCGGAUGACACCUUUCUGGAGAGGAGUUUCCCUGAGACCCAUCGGAGCCUCGUGCAGGGAUAACAGCGAAUGCAUUACAAUGCUGUGCAGGAAGAACCGCUGUUUCCUUAGAACAGCUUCCGAGUGA